AUGAACAUUGAACAUCGCUCUCGUAUCUUCACUAGUUUCAUUCUCUUGGGACUCAUUUUCAUGAAUCCUUGCGCUGCAGAUGAUGCGACAUGGAUAUCUUUUCAAUCCCGACCGGAUAUCCAGGCUCCAAUCCUUGAUGUGAGCAUCAAUAACGAACAGAGUGUUACUCCUGGCUCUAUCUUCUUGGCACCUUAUGAAAGGGCGGGCCCAGGGCCAUAUAUCUAUGACAUGAAAGGAGAGCUUAUAUGGUGUGGUUCAAUUGGUUCAACCACAGAGAUUUCCCAUGAUACCCAUGUCUGUUCAUAUGCAGAGUCCGAUCACCUCUGUUUCUUCCAAGGUGCACAAAUUGGAGGAUACGCUCGAGGUCUAAAUCUGUUCUUGGACAAUGAAUAUAAGCCUGCCAGGACUGUGCAGAGUGGUAGAGGUCUGGAACUGAGUGAUAUGCACGAGCUGAAGAUUGUUGAUGGGGACCGUGUGCUGAUAACAGUCUACCAGCCAGAACAGUAUGAUCUAGUGUCGCUCGGCAUACCGGCCGCGAAGGGUUGGGUUAUGAGUGGCGUGUUUCAAGAGAUCAACAUAAGUAGUGGGAAGGUACUUUUCGAGUGGUCAUCCCUGGAUCACGUUCCUCUAUCUGAAACUUAUGUUCCUCUUGGACUUAACUCGGUCGCGGGCAACGGGCUGAGUAAUACCCCACCCUGGGACUAUUUCCAUAUCAAUUCCCACCAUCUACAAGUCCCAGGCAAAGACGGAUCCGUGAUAUGGCGAUUGGGUGGGAAAGCAUCCUCCUUCGCAUUGGUGGACUAUAACUUCUCGUCGCAACACGAUGCACGCUUCCGUGAAGAAAACCAAACCCACACUAUCAUGUCGCUUUUUGAUAAUGCAAGCGAUGGCUGUCGAAAUACUUCGUUUACGUCCGCCGGCAUGAUUAACGAAUACUUCCAUCUUCUAGAGCGAUUUGAAGCACCGGGAAAGGGCUUACUUUCAACCAGUCAGGGCAACACGCAGAUCCUGCCUACUGGAAACGUGUUCAUUGGAUGGGGAGAAAAUCCAUCUGUUUCUGAGCACACCGCGGAUGGGUCAGUGGUGUAUUUCGCGAGCCUGAAAGACUAUCAUGCAAUGAAUUAUCGCGCUUUCAAGUGGACCUGGACUGCCACACCAUCCAUAUCCCCGAAUAUUUUUGCCCAAGCAUCUUCUUCCGACACUCCGGUCACACUCUGGGCAAGUUGGAAUGGGGCAACAGAGUACAACGGCUGGAACUUCUACGGAAGGGAAUCCAGCUCUGAUCUAUUGGUACUUUUCGGUUCUGUCACCCGGCAAGGCUUUCAGACUACCUUUACAGUCCCUCGAUUCUGUUCCCAUGUACUUGCAGAAGCUGUGUCAGUGAACGGUACUGGACUGAGAAACACUAGUCUGAAAAUUGUUACCCUGCCCUGA